UCGGUCUACUUAAUUUGUUUUCACAUCUCCGCUGCACAAACCGAGGACACGGCGCAGCAAGCGGUUUGGGAAAAGGGCGAAAUAGAGUUCAGGUUUGGAGUUGGUGACAGAAAUAGUGCUCGAGUGGGUAGAGGUGGCGGAGGGGGCUCGGACACAGAGCCCUUGGGUAUUAAUAACUCACACAGCAAUUAUUGACCAAUUAAUUAUGUAUUAGCCUUACACAAGCUUCUUAGAAGGAACGAAUUGAUUGAUCUGUCAUUUGUUGCCGGAAACGCUUUGCCGACAUCCUGAAUCGGAUCUGCUGCUCCGCGCCACACUAAGCAGUCAAAGAAGCGGCGUGUGGUCAGCGUGGGUGCCCUGGUGCUGGGACCUGCCUUGAGAGCUCCAGAUCUGUUCCGGAUUUUCCAGCCCUGCUCCAAGUGAUCUGCAUUGGGAGCAUCAGAGCUGUUCUGGAUUUUCCAGUGCUGCCAAACUCCCGGUCUGCCUCAGGAUCAUCAAAGUGCUGCCUUGGGCUCCAGAUGGUUAUCGAAAAUCAUUUGCAAGCAGUCAUUCCAGACAGUCAGGCAGUGUGUGUGAACGGGCCUUAGAAAAACAGAAGAAAGAACCACUGCAGCCUGUGUGAAUCCCAGAGGGCAGCAAUGGCUCAUCGCUCAAAGGUCCCUUUAAGGGAAGCCCCAGAUGGAGGAUGGGGAUGGAUGGUUGUGAUCAGCUGCUUCCUGCUGACAGUCUGUACAAGGGCAGUGUCCAGGUGCCUCUCCAUAUUUUUUGUGGAGUUCCAGAAUUACUUUGCUCAGGAUUAUGCAAUGACAGCGUGGGUACACUCCACUGUUGACUGCACUACAAUGGUGUUUGCUCCCAUUGGGAGUAUAAUUAGUAACCGUUAUUCUACUCGUGUGGCGGUAAUUCUUGGAGGAAUAUUGGCUACUCUUGGCCUCAUUCUCAGUUCAUUCGCAACUUGCCUGGCGUAUCUGUAUCUCUCACUGGGAGUCCUGACUGGUUGUGGAUACGCUUUAGCUUAUUCUCCUUCCAUAGCAACUGUGGGAAAAUACUUCAAUAACAAGAAAGCCAUGGCGUAUGGGUUGGCCAUGUCAGGAAGUGGAAUUGGGACCUUUGUUUUAGCUCCUGUGGUGCAGCUGCUAAUUGAAGAAUACUCAUGGCGCGGUGCGUUGCUCAUCCUCGGAGGCCUCGUAGCUAACAUUUGCGUCUGCGGUGCUCUGCUGCGACCUCUUUCGCUUGCCGAGGAUCUGUCCAUUUCGAACACUAGCAGCGUUGCAAGCAGAAAUUCUUCUGAGGAAUGCACCCACAAGUCACAACAUGAGGAUCCUGCGCUGCCCUGCCAUUCUGUGGACUCAAACUCCACCAGGAAAGAUUGCGUAAAAAGGAAGCUGUGCAAUUGCUGCCCGUCGUAUAAAGAAUAUGCCUUCCUCCUGACGCCAGACUUCCUUGUGUUUGCUGUAUCACUGCUCUUCUUAGCCUAUGGCUGUAGUACUCCUUUUGUACAUCUUGUACCAUAUGCCGUGAGUGCUGGGAUCAGCCAGCAGCAAGCAGCCUUCCUAAUGUCAAUCCUUGGCAUUGUGGACAUUGUUGGAAACAUCUCAUUCGGCUGGCUAACAGAUAGAAGAUGCUUGAAGAAAUACCGCAAAUACUUGUACAUUUUAACCAUUGGGUUGGAUGGCCUCUCCUCCCUGUUCAUUCCUAUUCUGAGAUCUUUUCCACUCCUUGUUCCCUAUGCAGUAUUUUAUGGAUACUUUGAUGGGGCAUAUGUUGCCCUCAUCCCAGUAGUAACAUCAGAUAUAGCAGGAAAUGCUUUUCUCUCCUCUGCUCUGGGAAUAGUGUAUUUUAUCCAUGGGAUACCCUAUCUUAUUGGUCCACCAAUAGCAGGUUGGUUGGUGGAUACAACAGGAAGUUACACAGCAGCCUUUCUUGUCAGUGGAUUGUCCAUGACAUUCAGUUCUAUUUUGGUGAUUUCAAUUGAUUGGAUAAAGAAAUGCAGAAAUUCAGCAGACAUUCAAACUACCGUCAUAGAGUCAGAUCCUAGCACUUUUCAGACUGCAUCAGACAAUCAGAUAUAACGACAAGAGUUUGUAUAGAAUUAUUCAAAUAUCAGGAGUAACAAAUUUGGUGGCUUCUGAAGAUCCUCAAAGCAUGGAAACCAUUUUGUGUAGACAAUCUGAAAUUGCAUCAGCAUCAGUAAAUAUUUUGUUAAUUCUUUCAAUGCCAAAGUAUUUUUAUAUUCAAAAUAGUUAUUUCUUUAAAUUUUCUAAUUGCCCUUGUACAUUCCACAUAUCCCUCUUGACUAGCCAGCUUGCAUUUCCACAGGUCUCUUGCUGUAAAAUCCUGUUUUUUAUGAAACAAACCAGGAUACAUUUGUGACUAUGUGUCUCCAGUAAGAUUUUUGAGUGUCAGUUUUAGUUCUCAUUACACAUGCUAAUAUAGAAUCAAUAGUUACUUUCUUGACAUCGGCAGUUUUUUUCAGGAAAAACAUCAAGGGACAAGGAAUAAAGUUGAAUUAUUAGCUGUGAUCACCCAGAAUAACUGAACUGAGGUCCCCUAAUUCCCAUAUUGAAAUUUUCUUGGAUUGAAUUGCUUUUGACUCUCAAAUUGUACGUUGCAGUUUGCGAUGUCUGGCACAGUAAUGUAUCACAUGAGUACAACAAAUGCUUUGGCUGAGAUAGGAAUCAUAGAAGAACUUUAAAGGUGUGUGUUUUAAAGAGUAUUAAACUCACCUCUCCCUUUUAUGCAUUAAAGAACAAGUUGUUUAUUUUUCAGCUAGGUCUUAAUGACACCAUGUCAAUUUUCUUUGAAUCCUGAAGAGAAUUUCACUUUCACUAGUAUAGUUUUUGUUUUGACAGCCUGUUUUCCUGCUUUCACAAUUUAACUCCACAUGGAUGGGAGCCCUUUGAAGUUUUAACACUAGCAUAUGCCAGUUCUGUUACCUAAAUAAUCAAAUUUGCCAGUCCAUAUUUUUCCUUUCAAUACAAAAGGUGAGCAAUCACCCUCUACGACAACUCUCAGAGCAAUUCUAUUACACCAUCUGUAUCUCUGCAACCUAUUCUCACACACACCCAUUAACACCCUCCAUUUCUUCCCCUAACACAGUUUGUCUAAGGGAAAUGUGUAGUAGGGAAUUGACCUAUCAGCCAGUAUGGCACUGGAAUGUCGCGGAAACGGGGGGCACCUAGGAGAACCCACGCAGUCACAGGGAGAGCGAUAACUCAGAUUUCCAGUGCAGAGGAAGGAGCUGCUCAGGGAAGCCCUUUUAAAAUCUCACUUGAGCAUAGGGAACUACUUUCUGAUUGUUUCAGGAUCACCCAGCGCUAGCUGCACCGCUGAACAAUGUCACUAAGCAAUGGAGUACGUUAAUUGUACCUGCCUGAUAUGAAAUCUGCUGUGUGAGCAGUCCAGUUUGUUACUGAAUCUGCCCAGUUUAAUUUCUGGUGUGGUUUAAACUGAAUUAUAUUCCGCUUAAAGAAAUACCAACCAUUUAUUUCCAUUUUUUUUAAGUACCCAGUGUCUUAGAAUCAAGUCCAGUGUGAACCACUGUCAGGAGGAAAGAAACAUCUCUAUGUCCCACUUAAAGGAAUCUAACAUUGAUUAUACUUUUAUUGGGACCCAUUAGAAUAUAAAAUAUUGAGUUUAUCUGGGCUACCACAAAAAAACUGAUUUCUUUUUAUGACCUUCUGCAGUGCCUAAGACUUUUGCACAGUACUGUAGUAAUUUUAUGUAUUUCACUGUACUACUGUCACAAAAAAAACCAUAACCUAUGUGAGCGAUGACAAA